UCGUCUGCAGCAUGAUAAAAAUUAUUAUUACUUCCAAAAAAUAUUAGUGUUAGACCGUUAGAUAACAAUGUCUAGUGGUAUUUAGAUAAUUUUAGUAAAACUAUAUUCUUUGUGCUUUAGAUAUCCCAGUAUAAUACAGUACCGACAGAAUAUAAAUGGAGCCAGUAAAUGGAAAGGAAUAUUUCUUUACAGAAGAAAGUUUUCUUCGUGUUGCUGGCCCCAACAGUUUUGAGGAUUGGCUUCGUGCCUGUUUAUCGGAACGAGGCUACACAUGUGACAUAGCCGCAGGUCCACUACAAAGAGGUCAGCAUGAACAAAGAAAGGAAAGGGAAACACCAAGCCGAGGAUAUGAUAAAAAGGACCGACCGUCACAUGCCCCUGAUAAGAUAUCUAAACUGAAAUGCCUUCAAAAGCCUUCGUCUUUAACCCAUGGUCAACAGAAGCGAUAUCUGGAUCUUUUUCAGAAGUAUAUUCUGACUGUUUUUCAAAAACAGCCCACACCAGCAGAUAUAAAGGAACUCACAGAGCUUGAAUCAUUACAGGUUAAAGUGUCAGCUGAACAGAGUGAAUUUUUAAAAUGUUUGGAAUCCAUCUCCAAAUCUUCAAAAGCAGAGUAUAACAUUUUACUGCCAGAUGCUAAAAGAUAUAUUGAGGAAAAGAUACAGAAUCAGCGUAAUAUGGUGAACCAGUACCCGAAGCACUACUCAACAUUAGAUGUAAUUCCAAUAGAGAUGAAGGCAGCCUCUGAACAUGUGUUUGACUUAGUGUUUCAAAAGACUGUCCUGCAAUUGGGUCCAGAUCCGAAAGUGUUUCUACCAGACAUAAAAGCAUCCACCAAGCCAGUUAUACCGACCAGUUACGAGAAAAUAGUGAAGCGAUUCCCUCCCCCGCAUCCCAAGAAAGAUGAGCAUAUCUGGAACCAUGAGCCCUGUAGUAAGGACACGAAUGCUGAAAUCUUGGCCGACAAAUAUGUUUGUGAUGUUGUGUUGAGUUCCAGUGUUCUCCAGUGUCUUGUUGAUAAUCACUCUCCGAACUAUGACCGAGACUGGCAGAUUCCAGUUGUAGUAAAACGAGAUCCAUCAAAACAUAUAGCUGGUGAUUCAGAUUCACAACAGAUGGUAGUCUAUCUUGACAAACCUCUUUGUCCAAAGGUGCUUUCGAACAGGCAGAAGAAUACCCUUUAUCAUAAAUAUGCUCUGAAGGCCUACAUCACUCAUCCUGCACAGAACAAGGGUGUGAAAGCUUCAAGAGGCAGUCUGAGUGGCAGGGAUGACGUUAAACUGACACCAGUUAGUUCUCGUCCUAGGACUGGAUCCAUUGAUCACAGCCAAGAGGCAGACAAUUUGUUUGAAACUGAAACUACCAUUGAUGAUCUUGAAACGUUUGGUUCUUUUGAUAAAAUGCCUGUUAGAAAACAUAAAGCCUUCACAGCAGAUGUUUCAAGUGUGACUAUCACUUCUAAACCAACACCAUUGCCUGCUGUUAGUUCAGGAAAUAAUACUUGUGGGAAUCUGUCUCGACAGAAUAGUGAUGUUCCCAAUUUGGCUGAUUUUAAGUCAGAAAAGAAUUCAGAUUCAGUUUGCCUGACAGACACUGGUGCAACAGGCAAACCAUCUUCAAAUAAGGUUGGUGUAGCAGAUGCAUAUACUGAUGUUAAAGUGAAGAAUUGCAAGGAGAGGUUGAAGGCAGACCAUUGUAGAUCUGAUACUGAUUCUGAUGAAGAAAAUAUGCUUGUUAUUGACUGCAAUGAAUCUGAGGGAGACAGAAAAGCUUUAAAACAUUCCAUCACAGCCACAGGCAGCAUGAUACAUUCUGCUACAACUGCAGCUUCAGAUGUGUUAUUGGUUCCAGAUAUUCAGAAGGAAAGUCACAGUAAAGGUUUUGCUGAGGAACAUCAAGUUUCGCCAAUGUCUCCUGAUAAAAGCAUUGACAUAUUUCCCCAAAAUAAAAUGUCCAGGACAAAAUCUGAUUCUGUUAAAGAUGGUGCUGUGAUUGAUAAUGUUUGUAAUUUAAAAUCUUCAGAAAGUGACAGUCAGUCUACAAUCUUAGCGUCCAUGCAGUUGAAGGAAACUGUCUUACAGAAAAAGAAAUUGGUUAUUGUUGUUCCACGAUGUGACCAAAACUCGCCCAUAUCUCCUGAGAGUAAAGGUGAAACAUCUUGCAUUGGAGGUAAUUCAGUGGAUGGACACAGUGUUGUUGAGUCACCAUUGUCUCCAGAUGACAGCACUAAGACACCUCCCAAAAUGUUUCAUCAUCCAAAGUCAUUUGAAAGUGAGUCCGAUUCCCAUGACGACAGUUUGGUGAUUGACAUGCCAGCUGAAAGUGAGAGAGAGUAUUCUCAAGUCUUUCUAAGUCCAAGAGCAUUACGGGCUAGAAAGAGAUAUAACUCAAGUGAUACAUGUAGCCUGUCACAACCACAAACAGAAAUGUCAGAACAAGUGCAGUCAUUGUCACAUGAUUCUGAACCGGUUCAGAUUUCUGAGGAAUCUCGCAUUGAUCAGUCAGCUUCUGAGAAAACUGAGGACAAAUUGAUCAGCAUUGAUACACACAAUGCAGAUAUUUCUUCCUUGGACAAAACCAAAUCUGCAUACGUUGAUGGUGAUGCCACUGGUGUUAAACGAAAAAGAGGUAGGCCCAGAAAAGAGAAAGCAGAAGAAGUGUGCAAGAAGUUCAAAUCGGCAACAAAUUCAGAUUUACCAGAAACCUUCACAGUUAAAGAGGGAAAUCCAGGUUCUGGAACGAUAAAAUCCACAAGCAAUGAACACAGGAGAAAAACGUUGUCUAAACCUGCAGGAUCCAGCACUCUAGAGUCAAUCCUACAGCUUCAAAACCAGAUGCUUCCUUCUACUCCUGGCCACCACAACAAGCUCAUUGAAGGAGAUAACAACACAGAUGUGUAUAAACAGCCAGAACACAAGAAAAUCUCGUACAAUUUGUGGGAUUUCAGUGGUCUUAGAGUACUGACCAGGGCAUCCAGUCACGGCACACUGAGGGAAUACCCAAACAAGCUGUAUCCGGUGUCAAUCGUGCCGAAGCUGGAGUACCAGGCUAAGUUUGGGGUGGAGCAGAUCACACAGAGUGAGAUGUCUCGUGACUGGGUGUCCUGCCUCAUCAAGCCAAACACGCACCUCAUCAGAGGUCGAAUCAAUGCACAAACCUCUGAAAUUAUUAUGCUGGAAGAUUUGGACAUAUCAAAAGUGCUUCAACCUUCCAUUCCCUUCAAUCCCCAAGAGUUUUUAUGCUUUCUGCAUGGUCUCUUUUUGCAUCUAAAACGACUGCCUGUUGGAAAUUACCUGUUGACUCAUUCAAAAGGGGAAAGCUACAUUAACAUCUUAAACAGCAUUGAUGCACACAACAGGGGAUCAUAUGACCUGCAUUUCGACCACAAAGUUUUUAUAUCAAGUGACAGCCCUAAGGCCGCAGUUCCCUGGAUUCCUAUUGACCCCACAGUGAUUCUGCCUUUCCACAAAAAACAUGGGCGGGUACCAGCCACGUUUGAACCCAAAGAUUUCAGAAAAAUUCAGAAAAAAAAUAAAGGCAAAGGGAAGAAGAAGUAGCCAAAUAACAUGACCAUAACCGUAGAAACAGAUGUUGUGAUACCAAGCAUUGUCUUUCUUAAUCAGAGGAGUAGUUUCUGUGAUGAUCAUCAAUACCAUGAAGUGUAAAAUUCAUCACUUUAUUAUACUGACUUAGUAUUGUAAGUGACGGUCAGCAGAACAAUUGGCAUCAACAGUGCUGGUCAGAACUGAAGUGUCUCGCUGAUUCUUAAGACCAAAUAUUGAAAUAACAAUAUGUUACUGUUAGAUAUGAUAGUGUUUUCCCUAGCUUGAUUUAGCCUGGUGUUGCACCAUGUCUGAAUAGUCUAGCACCAUCUUGCCAUAAUCAGAGCCACAAGUCUGUGUCAAUAAUUAAUUCUGAAAUUGCCUUUAUUAAACACUCAGAAAAUGUAUUAUUAAUUAAUAAAAUAUCCCUGUUAUAUAUUUUGCUAUUCAUUUAUUAAAGCAAGCACAUUAAUUACAA